AUGGUGAGCAAGACGCUCCUGCGCCUCGUGUCUGCGGUCAACCGCCGGAGGAUGAAGCUGCUGCUGGGCGUCGCGCUGCUCGCCUACGUCGCCUCUGUUUGGGGCAACUACGUUAAUAUGAGUUUUCUACUCAACAGGUCUAUCCAGGAAAAUGGUGAAAUGAAACUUGAAAGGAAGAUUGAAGAGAUUGUUGAACCACUUAGAGAGAAAAUAAGAGAUUUGGAAAAAAGCUUCACCCAGAAAUACCCACCAGUAAAAUUUUUAUCUGAAAAGGAUCGUAAAAGAAUUUUGAUAACUGGAGGAGCAGGCUUCGUGGGCUCCCAUCUCACCGACAAGCUCAUGAUGGACGGCCAUGAAGUGACCGUGGUGGACAACUUCUUCACGGGCAGGAAGAGAAACGUGGAGCACUGGAUCGGCCACGAGAACUUCGAGCUGAUCAACCACGAUGUGGUGGAGCCCCUCUACAUUGAAGUUGACCAGAUAUACCAUCUGGCCUCUCCAGCCUCUCCCCCGAACUACAUGUACAACCCCAUCAAGACGCUGAAGACAAACACGAUCGGGACGUUAAACAUGCUGGGGCUGGCGAAGCGAGUCGGAGCGCGCCUGCUCCUGGCCUCCACCUCGGAGGUGUACGGAGACCCUGAAGUUCACCCUCAAAACGAGGAAUACUGGGGCCACGUGAACCCGAUAGGCCCCCGGGCCUGCUACGAUGAAGGCAAACGGGUUGCGGAGACCAUGUGCUACGCCUACAUGAAGCAGGAGGGCGUCGAAGUGCGGGUGGCCAGGAUCUUCAACACCUUUGGGCCGCGCAUGCACAUGAACGACGGGCGGGUCGUCAGCAACUUCAUCCUGCAGGCGCUCCAGGGGGAGCCGCUCACGGUGUACGGAUCUGGGUCACAGACCAGGGCCUUCCAGUACGUCAGCGACCUGGUGAACGGCCUGGUGGUGCUCAUGAACAGCAACGUCAGCAGCCCCGUCAACCUGGGGAACCCAGAAGAGCACACCAUUCUGGAGUUUGCUCAGCUAAUUAAAGACCUCGUAGGUAGUGGAAGUGAAAUCCAGUUUCUCUCCGAAGCCCAAGACGACCCGCAGAAAAGAAAACCAGACAUCAAAAAAGCGAAGCUGAUGCUCGGGUGGGAGCCUGUGGUCCCGCUGGAAGAAGGUUUAAACAAAGCAAUUCACUACUUCCGGAAAGAACUCGAAUACCAGGCGAAUAACCAAUACAUCCCCAAACCAAAGCCCGCAAGAAUAAAAAAAGGACGGACGCGCCAUAACUGA